AUGGAAAAAUUGGAUAGUCCUAUCGAGACACUGGAUAGUGAGUUAUUCAACAAUUAUGGAGUCCAAGGUCCAGCGGAGAUUCUUCCCUUGCAACGUCAGUACGAAAACCAAGGUGUAUUUCUAUGGGCGGACGAGACGAAUGGGACAUCCAAUCCAUCACCUACCGAUAUCAUUUCUCGAAUAACAGCCGACUUCACUCCAAAGCAGCUUUCAAUGGUCAGACGACUGGAUACCAUGGACGAUAUACGACAGUCCUGCCCUCAGAAUUUCAACGGCUUGUCGUCAUGCUUCGCCGGUGUCGGAUUUUCCGACAGUUUUGCUUUGGAUGCGAGCGCUCCGGCUGUUUUUCAGGCUAUUGUGAACUACACAAUAUUUGCCGACGCCGGGCUCAGCUAUAUCGAAUUGACAAACCAUGGCAGCGAUUUUGAGAAGCGGAUUCUCCCGCUACAAUGGGCCUUAGACAAGGCAAUCAUCGAGCUGCGGACUGGCAUUCGUCAAGCGACGCCGAUGGAGUGGCCUUACUCUAACUACACCAACGAAGAUCAGAGCACCCGAUAUCGUCUCAGUUAUAUCCGAGGAAUACGGGAAAUUAUUGCUCUAGCGUUUUUCCUUUGUUUUGUGGGAGUGUCUUAUCAAAUCCCUGGUUCUGUGGCGAGUGAGCGCGCGCUCCUGAUUACGUCGCAUAUGAAGGCAAUGGGCCUCUUGGACUCCGCAAGGAUUUUAUCCUGGCAUAUCAGCAUAUCCCUCACCUACCUUCCAGCAUGGACUGCGGUUGCCAUAACAUGGAAAUUCUUGAUAUUUAUCAAAACGAGUAUCGUUUUGAUCAUUUUUUUGCACAUACUUCUGGGGUUGGUGUUGGCUAGCUGGUCGUUCAUAACUGCGGCCCCAUUCUCCACCAGUCCUCAACUGGCCGCCAUCAUAUCCACCUUCCUCGCAAUUAUCUUUGCGCUUUUGGGCCUGGUGUUAGACAUCAAUCGUACGGCGCCUAUGGUUGUUUUUGCCGUAAUUUUUCCACCAUCGUUCUACAUCUUUGCUCUCAAGGCCAUAUGUGGAUAUGAGAACCAUCAGACUGCGGUUGACGUGUUGAAAGGUGAUCCGGAUAGGGGUAUCAUAGUUCUUCCUAUGCUAUGCGCAGCAAUCGUUAACAUAUUUUUGUGGCCUUAUCUCGCAGUCUUAUUGGAAAGGCGCUUGCAUGACGUGCACCAACAAACCUCAAGGCGUCAAUCACACGUCAAACUCCCCUGGGCCUUCUGGGGAAAACGAACCCUAAAGGAGCAAGAAACUGAACUUGCCACGGUCACCCCACAGGUUCCUGAUAACGUCGCGUUUUCGAUUCGCAACCUCUCCAAGGUUUACAAGGCUUGGAAAUUUUUUGGACCUAAGAACGAGGUGACUGCGGUUAUGGACCUUAGCCUGGAUGUGCCCAAGACCGGGAUCUACGUCAUGCUGGGCUCAAACGGCGCCGGGAAAUCUACCACGCUUUCUGUAGUGGCUGGGUUAUCGAGUAUCUCUUCUGGCAGUGUUCUUUUUGAAGGUGGCCAUCAUCGACCUCCCAGAGGUGUAAUGGGAAUUGUCCCACAGAAGAAUGUUUUAUUUCCUGAGUUGACGUGCUUGCAAACUCUGCGGGUUUGGAAAUCCGUCAAAUGGUCCGAGACGUCUGAGCACGAUGAGGAUAUAGAGCAAUUGCUGCGGGACUGUGACUUGGGAGCGAAAAUCAACGCCAAUGCCGCGACUUUAUCGGGUGGCCAGAAGCGUAAAUUACAACUUGCCAUUGGCCUCCUUGGCGGGUCUAAAAUCGUUUUAGUUGACGAGUGUACAUCUGGGGUUGAUCCUCUUAGUAGACGGGCAAUAUGGAAAACUAUGUUACGAUUCCGCGAAGAUCGAGCAAUUAUCUUUACUACUCAUUUCCUUGACGAAGCCGAUUUACUGGCUGAUUACAUUGCCAUUCUCGCCCCUCCCGGAAAGGUCGUAGCUUCCGGGUCUCCUGUUACACUGAAAAGAGAAUUCGGCCAGGGAUAUUCUGUUCAUGUCUCUAUCGAUAUUUCCAAGGCCGAAUAUCCUUCGGAAGUCACGGAUGGCAUCCUAGAUUCCAUUCAGGAGAUUGUCCCACAAGCAUGUUCUUCGACGAUCUCACCCCAACUCGUUUGCUAUCAUCUUAAAACCAGGGAUGCUAAUACUGUCACCCGCGUCCUCGACGUUCUCGAUAACGCCAAAACUCUUGGCACAAUUUCUUCGUACGAUCUUAUGGGAACGACCAUUGAGGAUGUCUUCCUAAAUGUGAUGAACGAAAAUCAAGUCUCCGGGAAACUGUCACUUAAUAGUUCUACCGCAGACACUCUUACGGAACCUGUGGAAAAGGUGUCUGACCUGACCAUGGAUCUGCCCUCUGGGCGGCAAGUGUCUCCCUUUAGGCAGGCGAUAACCAUAUUCCAUAAACGCACCUUGAUAGCGAAACGAAGUUGGCUAACUCCUCUGCUCACCGUACUCGUUGCGGUCGCCGGAUCGUGUAUACCCCUUCUCAUGAUAAACGGGCGAGAACAAUCUUGCACUCCACCCCUUGGCGACAUUGUCCCACCAACUCCCCUGUAUCUUCCUAAUUCUCCUCUACUUUUGACGAUGGCCAACAAGUCGGCUACUGAUGGAUUGUACGCAUCACCACCAGGCAUCGUUUCCACGCUUGGGCGCAGCACAGAUGUUUUGUCAGUUACAUAUCUUCCGGACUAUGCGAGUUUUCAGGACUACACGAACGACCGUAACAUGUCCUUAGGUGGUAUAUAUAUAAACCAAACUACAGGUGAAUCAACAGUAGCAUGGGAAGCCACAGCACCUGGAUACAAGGCUCUGACAACACUCAAUCUUGCAAGUAACAUUCUCUUGAACGAUGCACUUAAUUCAACUGGUGGAGCAGCUUCACUACCAAGCCUCAUACAGGGCCAGUAUAUCAUGUUCAACAAGCUCACUGCCGCUACGCUUUUUUAUUUAAAAUGGAUUUUCUUUUUUGGGGCCGUCAUGGCGGUAUAUCCGGCCUUUUCGGCUCUCUAUGUCUCAAGGGAACGUGCCUCUUCCGUUCAGGCGAUGCAGUUCUCGAAUGGCCUGUGCAACCCCAUCGGGUUGUGGCUGGGGCACCUGAUGUUUGACACCAUAAUUUCUACACUCCUUUCAACAAUCAUCGUUAUCGUUUUCGCUCUCGUUUCUGACCAGUUCCGUGGACUUGGAUAUUUAUGGCUCAUCUUUUUUCUCUACGGUAUAACUGCUAAUUUAUUCGCGUACUGUCUUUCGUUCUUGGUGUCAUCCCCAUUGGCUGCAUUUGCCUUGGUUGCAGGAUACCAAUUCGUCACAUUCAUCCUAUAUCUUACGGCAUACAUGGCUAUUUUCACGUUUGCUCCAAUUCUGAAAUCUUCCCGCUUGGUGACGAUAGUUCAUUUCUCGACUUCCUUCAUUUCUCCCGUUACGAGCAUUACUCGUGCAGCCCUUGUAUCUGUGAACAUGUUCUCACUGGGGUGUCGAGGAACCAAUUUUGCUGGAACAAGGUAUCUCCUAUCUCUCACCAAGCUGGGAGGCCCAAUCCUAUAUUUGGUACUUUACGCUAUUGGUCUAUUUUCGAUCUUAGUUUGGUUAGGAUCUGGGUCAAUAUCUCUGGCGUCUCUGAGGAAGAGACCACGACCAAGAUCAAAGGCUUCGCAUAUUCUCAGCCUUCCAUCUAAGAAGAUCGAUGCUGAUGAAAAAGGCUCUUCUGUAUCUUCAACAAGCCUUCUGGAAGUGUCUGGAGUCUCCAAAAAAUUCAAACACAAGAGUGUUACAGACGACGUCAAUAUUUCCGUCGAAAGGGAUACAAUUUAUGCCCUCCUUGGACCCAAUGGUGCAGGCAAAACGACAACAUUUAACAUGAUACGUGGAGAUAUCUCGCCUGAUGCUGGCGAUGUGUUCAUUGAUGGUCAUUCUGUCCUUCACCACCCACGCUUGGCGCGAUUAGCUUUGGGCGUUUGUCCCCAGUUUACGGCCAUUGAUUCUCAGCUUACAGUUAGAGAACAUUUGGUCAUAUACGGACGUCUGAAAGGGUUAAAAUGGGGUCGCGAAUUGGACGAAUCUGUCAAUAUGAUUCUGCAGGGCACUUCAUUGCAUAUGUAUGCGGACAGGAUGGCCAACAAACUCUCAGGAGGCAACCAAAGGAAGCUGUCGCUGGCCAUUGCACUUUUGGGUAAUCCUUCCGUGGUUUUAAUCGACGAGUUCUCUUCUGGUGUUGAUCCCAAGAUGAAGCGAGAGAUGUGGGAAACCUUGCGAAAGGUGUCAUCUGGGAAGGCUAUUCUCAUCACAACUCACUCGAUGGAAGAGGCAUCUGCUCUCGCCAACUGCGUCGGUAUACUAGCAAAACGUAUACUCGCGGUAGGAACGACUGCAUCUCUCUCUGAGCGGUAUCCCGUGUACGAAGUCCAUUUCUCAUGCCGCACCCGGGAGGAUGUUGUUAAAGCACGGUCUAUCAUGGCCCAAAUCCCUGGGGCGACGAUGGCGGACGACGUUGCCACCCGCUUCGAGGUUCCGAUGAGUUCUAUCGAUUCUACAUCCGAAGACGGUUCAAUAAUUUCUAUCAACGACGGUCGAGGGUGUUCGCUGGCGAAGUUGUUUGGGGUUCUAUCAUCACACGAUGAUGGAUCGUCUGAAUAUACCGUGGAAAAGGCGUCAUUGGAAAGUGUCUUCUUGAAGGUUAUUAAAGAGAACAAUGUCAAGGAAGAGGACAAAGAUCGGACGCGUAAAAAGACUUGGUGGAAAUGCUGUUAG